GUGCAGACGGACUAGAUCGCGCUCUUGAGACGCCGGACUCUGGAGAGACCAGACGCGCUGGACAGGAGCUGCUUUCAUUUCUCACUUCACUUCAGGUCGGAGACGGCGGCGCACUUUCGUCUCGUGUUGGCUGGGAUUGAGGUUGGAGCUGCCUGGAGUGAUUGGUUGUUCAAAGGCUAAGCGAAGGUUUAAGACCGGAAGGUAACAUGGCGUGGAUGCAGCGAAUCAUCGGGACAAAUCUGGUGGCAAAGUUAGCCCCUUCUGCACCUUUUUCCUCUAGAUUCUUCUCCAAUUCAACUCCAUACAUCGCAAAGGUUGGAAUCCCCGAGUUUCUAAACGGAAUAGGGAAUGGAGUUGAAUCCCAUGUUGCUAAGCUUGAAACCGAAGUCGGUGACUUCCAGAAGCUUCUUGUCUGUCGCACCCUCAAGCUCAAGAAACUGGGCAUUCCUUGCAAACAUAGGAAGUUAAUAUUGAAAUAUGCACACAAGUACAGGCUGGGAUUAUGGAGACCACGAGCUGAACUGAUCAAAUCGCGAUCGGUUUCUUAAUAGCUUUUCUUUGUCCCGCCGAAAGUUCACCCAUAUGCGAAUGCUGGAUUUUGCUUGGAAAGAACUUGUCGGUUGCUUCUGAUUCUACCCGAUUUCUUCAUCCCGUCUCUAUUAUGUAUCAACCCAUUUUCUGUUGCGUAGAUAUAGAUUGGGUAAAUUGAACUGCCAUGCUCAAUUGUGGGAUGUUGAAUGGACAGGAAUAUCAUUGUUUGUUCAGUCUCUUCAA